AUGGGCGACGAGAGACGUGACCCGGGGACAAUAAAGUUGGAGAGUACAAAUGUGCCUGAUGAAGAGGCGGGUCCCAGGCAAAUUCCCAAUAACGACGAGAGCCCUGCGGAGAUCGGCGAGAACUCCGAAACGGAUGAUGUGAUUUCCAAAAAGCCGUCGACUGCACAAACCAGUGGGAAGUUGAUAGUCGAUGCUCUUCUUUGGGCCCCUUCGUGGUGUCGAUGGAAUAAAGAGAAUCCACCUUCAUUUGGGCUACCAUUGAAUUUUUUAUUUGCAUUUGCCGGCACUUUCACGGUUGCCAACUUAUAUUAUGCGCAGCCUAUACUUGACACCCUUGCCCAACAUUUUGAUGUCUCCCAUGAGCGAGCAUCCUUGAUUCCUACAUGUAGCCAGGCGGGCUAUGCUGUUGGACUUAUCCUUCUUUGUCCGAUGGGAGACUUGGUAAGGAGAAGGCCUUUUGUCCUUUUAUUAACAUUAUUGACGGCCACACUAUGGAUUGGGUUGUGUGUUACUGAGUCAUUCAAUGUUUUCCUAGCCAUAAGCUUUUUAUCUUCAGUAACCACGGUCACUCCCCAAAUUAUGCUUCCAUUAGUAGGAGAUCUUGCUCCACCAGCGCGACGCGCAACAGCAUUAUCAAUCGUCACUUCAGGACUGGUACUAGGCCUCUUACUUGCGCGUCUCCUGGCCGGAAUCAUCGCUUCAUAUUCCUCCUGGCGCAACAUAUACUGGCUAUCUCUAGCACUGCAAUUUUUAAUCUUCAUCUUGCUCUGGGCAUUCAUGCCGGAUUACCCAAGGACAAACGAUGAUAUAUCAUAUAUCCAAAUUCUGGUUUCCAUUGUGAAACUAUUCAUCUCAUCACCUGUGCUGGUAUACGCUACCUUCAUGGGCUUCUUUUUGUCUGCGACGUUUACCAGCUUCUGGACAACACUCAGCUUCCUAUUGUCCGGAUCGCCGUACUACUAUUCAACGGUAACAAUCGGUUUAUUUUCACUGGCUGGUCUAACCCCAAUGUUGAUUGGUCCGUUUUACUCGCGGUAUAUCAUCGACAAAUUCGUUACACAUGUGUCAGUUCUUCUGAGUCUCACAAUCAUGCUCGCUGGUAUCUGUAUUGGUGCGUACACGGGCAAAUUCUCGGUCGCGGGCCCUAUUAUUCAGCCUGCAUUGCAGGAUUUCGGGCUGCAAAUGGCGCAAAUUGCCAAUCGCACUGCGAUUUAUAGUGUUGCGCCGAAGGCGCGCAGUCGAGUGAAUACUGCCUACAUGAUCGGGGUGUUUUGUGGGCAGCUGAUGGGAACAGCUGUUGGAAAUAGAGUAUACGGAGAGCGGGGUUGGGUCAUGAGUGGAACCGUCAGUGUAAUAUUUGUCGUUGUCGGAUUUAUUUUUUGCUUGAUCCGUGGUCCGGCUGAGACGGGAUGGGUAGGGUGGGCCGGUGGGAUUCGGAUUCGGAAAGUAGAUUCCAAUUGA